CACGCUGCUUUCGCACUAGCUUCUCCCUAGCAUUCUGGCUCCGGGUGCACACUUCUGCCAGGUCACACCGCUUAUUUUUUUUGGCGCGAAGACUUUCAAGCUCCACCCCGCCGAAAACUUCCUUGCUGAUCUCUCCAACCCCCCAAGCCUCUUUACGUCCUGAUCUUUUUUUUUCGCAUUCCACGAACAAAAUAAAACCAGGACUCUUUCUCUACAUCUCGCAGGCGAGGCUUCUCUCUCAAACCCUUUCUCUUCAUCAGUCUCUAGGUUUUCUUGGCAUUAGGCAACCCGCCACAAUGGGUACAGGAAAGAAGGAAAAGACUCGCAUUGAGCGGGAGGGGAAGGUCCGCGGCGACCCGAAAGUGAAGGGCGAAAACUUUUACAGAACGGCCAAGAAGGUCAAGAGUCUUAACAGACUUACGGGGGGCAAGGCGCAGAGGAACGCGGAGGGAAAGGUUAUCCAGGCCGCUGCAUAUCAGAGUAGAGAUGCGCCCAAGGCCGUCAUCGAGCCGAACCGGAGGUGGUUCACCAAUACUCGUGUCAUCUCCCAAGACACCUUGACAUCCUUUCGGGAAGCCGUUGCCGAAAAGGAGAAGGACCCUUACACUGUUCUGCUAAAGAGCAACAAGAUCCCGCUCAGCUUAAUACGUGACGAAACAAAGACACCACAAGAUGGAAUACUCAAACACAAAGCCAAGAUGACGAUUGAAACUGAGCCCUUCGAGCUGACGUUUGGCGCCAAGUCACAACGGAAAAGGCCGAAGCUCAGCUUCAACACAAUCGAUGAUCUUGCAGCCAACACCGACAAGAGCCUCGACUCUUAUCACGCAAGGCUGGAGGAGAUCAAGCUACUCAACGGCACGUCUAGGCCAGUUCCCGUUGAGGGUGAAGGCGAGGGUAUUUUGGAAGAGGAAGACUUGACCAUCUCGACUGCCAAGGAGGCGAUUUUCCUCAAGGGCACGAGCAAGCGUAUUUGGAACGAGCUUUACAAGGUUAUCGACUCGUCCGAUGUGCUGCUUCAUGUCCUUGAUGCGCGGGAUCCUCUCGGCACACGAUGUCAGCAUGUCGAAAAAUACCUCGCCACCGAGGCUCCUCACAAACAUCUUGUUUUCGUAUUAAACAAGAUUGACUUGGUCCCAUCCAGCACAGCUGCCGCCUGGAUUCGAGUCCUCCAAAAAGACCGCCCCACAUGUGCCAUGAGGGCGAGCAUGAAGAACCCCUUUGGCCGUGGCUCCUUGAUCGAUCUUCUCAGGCAAUUCAGCAUCCUCCACAAGGACAGAAAACAGAUCAGCGUGGGGCUCAUCGGCUACCCGAACACGGGCAAGUCGAGCAUCAUCAACGCCCUGCGCGGCAAGGCGGUCACACGAGUCGCGCCUAUUCCGGGCGAGACCAAGGUUUGGCAGUAUGUGACGUUGAUGCGGAGGAUAUACUUGAUCGACUGCCCGGGCAUCGUACCCCCAAAUCAGCAUGACACGCCAGAGGAUCUUCUCCUCCGCGGUGUUGUCCGCGUCGAGAAUGUUGAGAAUCCCGAGCAAUACAUACCCGCUGUCUUGAGGAAGGUCAAGACCCAUCAUAUGGAGAGGACAUACGAGCUCAAGGGCUGGAAGAACCACAUGGAGUUCCUUGAACUCUUGGCACGCAAGUCUGGCAGGCUGCUUAAAGGCGGUGAGCCCGAUGUUGAUGGCGUUGCCAAGAUGGUCCUCAACGAUCUCAUGCGCGGCAAGAUCCCGUGGUUCACGCCUGCUCCCGAAAUGCAGCAGCAUGACGGAGUGGUUCGAGAGGGUCGUGAAGGCCGUUUCGGCGAGAUUCCAGCCAAGCGGAAACGCGAUGUGGACGAGGCUACCCCUGGCGCCUCGGAGGGCGCAACUCCGGCGGCAGGGAAAGGAGCCGAUGCUAUGACGGACGGAGAGGAUAACAGUUUUGAGGGCUUUACGAGCGACAGUGAUUCUGAGGAUGAAGACGGGCCGGAGACGACGGCUCAGGAUGACGGUGAUGAAGAUAUGAUACCCCUGGAUGAUUCAAGUGAUGGAGAGGACGGAGAGAGCGGCUCAGAUAACGGCGAAGACGAUGGCGAAGCGGCGUCUGUCAUGGACGUCGAAAAAGCUGCCAAAGUCGCCGAGUCAGAGUCAGAGGCUGCGCCAGUGCAGAAACGGCGCAAGAAGGUGAGGUAGUCUCUGACAAGGCGUCGGGUGGGACUGAGCUUCUCGGUUAGCCCGAGAAAUAAUACAACAAAGCUUGGAACAACCUCAAGUUUCCCGCUGCUGUGAACCACUUUCGCCCUGGUGAAUUCCAUAGUACCAACAAGAGCCUAUCACUUAUCCACAGUCUCUAUCCUUGGGAAGAUCAGAAAACGACCCUCUUCCACAUAUGCGGACUACUGCUACAGGUCUCUCGCCAUGCGUGCCAUUGAAUGUUGUUCUGGGGGUCUCAGGGUAAGUAAACAGAAACUAGCUUAUAUUUACGAACAAGGCAUCAAAGCCAAGAUCUAUAACCUCUCCAUCCAGACUACAUAAUUCGCUCAACCCAAUUCAUUC